UCUUUUGUGGAGCAUAACUUCACACAACAAAACUGAUGGCAACCAAAAAUAACAAACAAUCUUCGCUUUUCUCUUCUCUUCUCUUUUGUUUCAUUCAUUUCAUUUUCAUUUUCACUUUCAAAAUACCAACAAAUUUCUAACUACACUUUUUCCAUUUUUCUCUUCUAGGGUUUACUCUAUUUUUCAAGAAGAAGAAGAUAACACAAAGCUUGUCAAAUUUCAAUCUUCACAAAUGGAACGGAACGGCUUGCUAAAAAGAUUUUGAGGUGUUCUUGUAAUUGCUGAGAAGUUACAGUUUCUAUAGUUGAAUGGAUGUUGUUGAGGCUUUUGAUAAGCCAAAGUUCUGUGUUGGUGAUGGUGAUGAUGAUGAUGAAGAACACUUAAAUUUAAAUGGCUCACAUCAUUUGAUAAAAAUACAUCGCAAUCAGCUUCUCGUGAAGAAGAAGAAGAAGAUGAUGAUGAUACUUUAUCAUUAUGGUUUCAUAAGAAGAGGCAUACAACUACACUGCCAGUCAAGAGGGUAUCCGAUGUCAACAAUUCCUUGUGUGGUUCGAUGAAGAAAUCCAAGGUGUCUCCAACACCAUAUGAUGAUGUUCCUGCCAUGUCAACUGAUAAAUCAUUUUCCACACUCAAAGAAGAACUUGUGUUGGUAGAAAAAUCAUUUGAGGAUAUCAGAAGCAAGACACAAGUAGAAGAGAGGAGAUUGCAGUCCAUAAAGAGAGAUAUUGAGGAUUGCUGCGAAGAUCUUGAAAAUAAGAAAAAGGAAAUUAGUUAUGUUGGGAGAAUUAACAAAGCUCGCAAGAAAAUGCAGGGGGAAACUAACAAAUGUGUCAAGGAUUUUGUAGCAAAGGAAGGGCAGCUCCGUUUGAUGGAGGACUUGAUUGGAGAGCGCAAGAAAGAACUAAAGACAAAAGAGUUGGAACUUCAUCAAGUCAUGGAUAACAUUUCAAAACAAAAGGAAUUGGAAAGCCACGUGAAGGAGCUGAUGAAUGAUUUGGUAUCAAAACAGAAGCAUUUCGAAAGCCAUAUUAAGGAGCUUGAGUCGAAAGAGAGGCAACUUGAAGGCCGAUUGAAGGAGCAUGAAUCAGAAGAACAAGAAUUUGAAGGCCGAGUGAAUGAGCUGGAAUCUAAAGAGAGGCAUUUCAAAAGCGAGGUGGAGGAGCUCAAUACAAAAUUGAUGCCAUUGAAAGGACAACUUAAGGAGCUUGCCUCUAAAGAGAAGCAACUCAAUGGCCAAGUGAAGGAGCUGGAAUCUAAAAAGAGGCAGUUUGAAAACCGAAUCAAGGAGCUUGAGUCAAAAGAGAAGCAGCAUGAAGGCCGGAUGAAGGAGCAUGCAUCAAAAGAGAGAGAAUUUGAAAGCCAAAUGAUGGAGCAGCAAUCUAAAAAGAAGCUGUUUGAAAGCCAAGUGGAGGAGCUUAAAUCAAAAGAGAGACAUACUCAAGGACAAGUUAAAGAACUUGAGUCUAAAGCGAAGCAACUUGAUGGCUGACUGAAGGAGUUAAAGUUAAAAGAGGAUGAAUUUGAAGGCCGGGCGAAGGAGCUCGAAUCUGAAAAGAAGCAUUUCGAGAGCCGACAGAAGCGGCUCGAAACACAAGAAAAGCAAUAUGAAGAACAAAUGAAGGAGUUCCAGUCAAAAGAAGAGGAAUUCAAAGCACACGUGAAGG